UCAACUUUCAACUUUCAACUUUCAACUUUCAACUCAAUUCUAUCAUAGCACCACUAGUUUCUCUAGCAGGCAACAAUGGCGGACGUAGUUCUUUCCCCAAUUAUAGAAGUAGUCUUAGACAAGUUAGCCACUCCGUUUCUCUUAAAGGUUUCAGAUUUGUAUAAUAUCAAGAACGAAGUCGGUAAGUUAUAUCGAACGUUAGCCAUGGUUCAGGCGGUGCUCGCCGACGCCGAAGAGCAGCAAUUAAAUAACCGAGCUUUGAGGUUGUGGCUGGAAGAGCUCAAAGAAGUUGCUUCUGAUAUUGAAGACUUGAUUGACGAGGUUUCCGCUGAAGCUGUUUUGUCCAGGACCAUAAAUGGAAACAGCUAUUUGGAGCAGGUGAGUUCCGCUUUUGGAAAUCUUUUGAACUAUAAUGAUUGGUUAGCCAAAUUGUACCAAGUUAAGGAGGCGUUAGAGAAUUUGGUUAAAGAGAAAUCUACAUUUAAUCUUAGAGAGUGGGUAGUUAGUAAUAAAGGGUAUAAGAAUAAGCGAGGAAGGCAAACUGGGUCUUUCAUAAUUGAAUCUGAGGUUUUUGGUAGAGACGAGGACAAAGAGGGGGUAGUGAAGCUAUUUCUCUCAAACGACAGGAGUUGCAGGAGUCAUGGGGAUGUUUUGAUUGUUUCUAUUGUUGGCUUAGGCGGUCUUGGUAAAACGACACUUGCUCAGUUAGCUUAUAAUGAUGAGAGGGUAGUAAAACAUUUUGAUUUGAGGAUCUGGGUCUGUGUGAAUGAUGAGUUUAAUUUGGAAAAAAUCAUGAUUUCAAUUAUUGAAGGAUCAAGUAGGAGUAAGUACGAGUUUCUAGGAAUGGAUGUUCUUCAAUUUCAGCUCCGGGAGUUGUUGAAGGGGAAGAGGUACUUGCUUGUGUUAGAUGACGUGUGGAAUGAAGAUCAAGGUGAAUAUGAUGAAUUGCUGAAGAUGUUGAGAUGUGGUGGAGAAGGAAGCUCAGUUCUUGUCACUAGUCGCAGUGAAAAAGUUGCAUCUAUAAUGGGUACUACUUGUAUCUAUCCUUUAAAAGGUUUGUCUGAGGAAAGUUGCUGGGAUUUGUUUAAGCAACGAGCUUUUGGCUGCAAUGAAGAAGAUAGAUCAAACUUAUUCUCCAUUGGUAAACAAAUAGUGAAGAGGUGUGCUGGUGUUCCUUUAGCAGUGAAGACUUUGGGAAGCCUAAUGCGUUUCAAAAGGGAAGAAAGAGAAUGGUUAUUCGUUGCGGAGAGCGGUGUUUGGGGUAUGUCCGAAAGUGAAAAUGGAGCUCUGCCUGCACUAAGGUUGAGUUACAGUCAUUUGCCGCCUCAUCUGAAAGGAUGCUUUGCGUAUUGCUCAAUAUUUCCUAAAAACUAUGUAAUCAAGAAGGAGAAACUAAUCCAUCUGUGGAUAGCAGCAGGCUUUAUUCGGUCAGAAGAAGGAAAAAAAUCUUUAGAAUUUAUUGGCAAUGAGUAUUUCAGUGAUUUAGAUUGGAUGUUCUUUUUUCAAGAUAUCCAGAAAAGUGACAAUGGGAAUAUAAUUGAAUGCAAAAUGCAUGAUCUCAUUCAUGAUCUUGCACAAUCUGUUGUAGGAAGUGAUUUCAUGACAAUGGAACAUGAUAGUACCUAUAGAGAUCACUCAAAUAUUCGUCACUCAUCAGUGGUUUGUAAUUUUGAAUUGCAUACAAUUCCUGAAGCUUUGUACGAAGCAAAAAAGUUGCGAACUCUCAUCUUAUUGAUUCCCAAAGGCAACCUUGGGGGAGUACCUUCUGGUGUAUUUUCAAGUUUUAGAUAUCUUCGAGUCCUGGAUUUAAGUGGAAGUGGCAUCAAAUUGGUACAUGAAUCAAUUUCCUCCUUUGUAUUUCUGAAGUUUAUUGACCUCUCUAAUACUCGCAUCCAAACAUUACCCGAAGGUGUUUGCAAGCUUGUUAAUUUACAGGUUAUGAACCUUUGUGAUUGCUACAAUCUCACUGAAUUGCCUAGUCGCCUGGCAAAUUUGUCUAAACUGAGACAUCUCAUAAUAAAUGGUUGCUACAGAAUAACGAAAAUGCCACCUGAUAUUGGAAAACUGAUACAUCUUCAGACACUCUCAAUGUUUAUAGUAGGAAAGGAAGCAGAUAGAAAGCUUAAACAGCUCCAAUUUUUAAACCUCGGUGGUGAUCUAAAUAUUAGACAAUUGGAGAAUGUGAAGGAUGCAUCAGAAGCAAGGAAAGCUGAUUUAACAAGUAAAAGAAACCUACAAUCUUUGUGUCUAUCUUGGGGAAGUGAUGACAAUGGUUUAAACAGGAACAGUGAUUAUGAUGCCCCACUAGAAACGGAAGUUCUUAAUUUCCUCCAACCACACAAAUAUCUGAAAGUGUUGUCUAUUAAAGGGUUUGAAGGCAGUUGCUUCCCAAGGUGGAUUGGAGCUCUUAAAGUCCCAAAUCUAACUGAAGUUACUCUAGUUAACUGCAGAAGAUGCAAACAGCUCCCCACAUUAGGUCAACUUCCGUUUCUUAAGGUUCUCUGCAUGCAAGGAAUGGAUGCAGUGAAGAAUAUUGGUAGUGAAUUCUAUGGUGAAGGCACUAGCGUAGCAUUUCCGUCACUUAAAGAAUUAACCCUUACAGAUCUUCCCAAUUUAGAAUAUUGGUGGACUGCUAAUGGAGGACAAGGGUUCCCUUCCCUGGUCAGACUUUCAGUUACUAAAUGCUUGAGACUGAAUAACAUGCCAUCAUUUCCAUCACUACAGCAUCUAGAGCUUCGUUGUUGCAGUGAUAUUGUACUGCGAUCAGCUUUGAAUUUAACUUCUCUUACCAACCUUAUCCUUGAAGAAUUUCCAGAGCAGUUGGUCUUUUUAGAUCUUUUGCUUCAAAAUAAUGCUCCUCUGAUGUUUCUAAAAAUCAGUUCUUGUCCGAGGCUUCGCUGCAUCUCUCCAAAUUUAAAAAAACUUGUCAAGUUAAGAACAUUAACAAUUAGCUGGUGUGGUGAGCUACUUUCAUUGCCAGAAGGACUAGGAAACCUCACUGCACUUGAGUCAUUGGAGAUAAUAGAGUGCCACAACCUCAUCUCUUUGCCUGAAAGUAUGGAAGGGUUGAUCUCUCUUCGAUCAUUAUCAAUUGAGAAUUGCAACAACAUUACAACAUUGUCAUGGAGGUUGCAAUCCCUUGUAGCCCUUGAGCAUUUAACUAUCAUGUACUGUCCCAAAUUGAAUUCUUUGCCUACUGAUUGGCGAGAUCUAUCUGCGCUAAAGAGUUUGUCGAUCUUGAACUGUCCGGAACUAAUGUGUCUACCGGAGGGGUUAAAAUAUGUCACUGCAUUACAAAACAUGGAAAUACGUGGAUGUCCUGGCCUGCAAGCUUUGCCAGAGUGGGUAGCUAAUCUUACCUCGCUCAGAUCUCUGUCAUUAUCAGAUUGUCACAAUUUGACUUCUCUUCCUGGAGGAUUCAAGUGCUUGAGUUUCCUUCAACAUCUUUCAAUCCGAGAAUGUCCACGUUUGGAGGAGCGCUGCAAGAAAGAUAGUGGUGAAGAUUGGCCAAAGAUGAAACACAUUUCACAUGUCUACCUCGGGUCACAGCAUUUCAGGGCAUAUGAUGAUGUUUGAGGGUAAUGAAAAGGGGAAAAACAAUCCCAGUUGUUUGAAGAAUUUAUCAAAUUCAAGAUCAGGCGAGGGAGCAAUUUGAUUUGGGAGAGUAUUUUAGCUUGUCGGCUAAAUGUCAGUUACAUUCUUCCCAAUAAACAGAUGAAGCUUGCUAAUUGUUGUAUUUGAUUUGUUUUUUCUUUUUCUGGGCUAGUUUGGCCUGUUGCUCGGUUAGGAGUUUCUCGCUAGUAUUGCUUGUGGGAAUAGCAACUGCAUGAAGUACCGCAGUGAGCCAGUGACGUUUACAUAUUGAUGCUAUAAUCUGUUCGAGAAAUCCCUUUCCUUGUUACAAUGAAAUCCCCUUCCUUGUUACAAUGAUCCAUGGGUGCUUAAUCCUAAUUGCAGACUAAAAGUAUAUGAGACCGUUUGGUUGAGGGCUUGUUUUGUUUUUUCGAUUUUGAUGUUAAAACUUCAAAGGGCCGGGUGCUUAAUCCUAAUUGUCACUUUGAGAAAUUA